AUGACGACAACUGAGACGAACAUAAGCACCACCAUUGCCACUAGCUCGAAAUCGCCGAGUUCUUCUGGAGACUCUAUUGACGUCUAUAUUUAUCUUCUUCCUUUGAUUGUGGUGUUUGGACUCAGCGGGAAUAUCAUCUCAUUGGUUACCAUCUUUCAUUCAAGAUUACGAAGGGUCAACGCAAACAUUUAUCUGAUUGUCUUGACGACAGCGGAUAGUGUGUUUCUCACAGGGAUACUUCUUGUUUGCUUUAAGGUUGACUGGAUUUCCUUCGAGUAUUGUGUUGGACUCGAGUACGUUCUAAUGACUGCUUCGUACAUUUCAAGUUGGUCUACUGCAGCUCUCACUAUCGAACGUUACCUUGCCAUUGCACACCCGCUAUCACAUAUGAAGUACGGCCAUGUCGACCGAGCUAAAGUGAUGAUGUUCUGGGUUCCAAUUCCAUUCAUACUCCAACUCUUUCAAUUUUUCUCGCUCGAAGCAGCUGAGCAUGAUCGUAAAUGCGUUUUGAAAGAAGCAAAUUAUCAGAUAAUCGCCCAAGCAAUUGAUACCAUUCUAUGUUAUCUACUACCAUGCUCAAUAAUUGUUGUGUUGAACCUCUUGGUUUCUCUGAAAGUUCGAAAAUCACAAGAGAAUUUUGGGAAUGAUGUCAAGAAAGCAUCAAGUAAUUCGCGGAGAACUGGCGGAUCAUCCUCUUCUACAGGAACAUGGACGAGAAUUCUUUGGGUCAUGCCACUGGUUUUCGUGGUCCUUAACACUCCAUUCUAUGUGAUUAUGAUGGUUGAAAUCGUGUUCCAAAUCAUCUAUUCAUCUCCACCGAGUUUCGAAACUCGAAGCGAAAUGUUUGUCACAGUUUACAACACAGCCCAUUAUAUGUACUAUAUAAGCACUGCUAUUGACGUCGUUGUCUAUGCAUUCUCAAGUGCGAAUUUCCGAAAGACUGCAAUUAUCGCGUGGAAGCGGAUUUUGUGCCCCGGUUACGCAGAUUCUCAAAAAUCCAAGAGCACAAUGGCAGAUCAAACAUCUCGUCUUAGCUACCGUACAACUUCUGAACGUUAUCGACAUACUAAUAACACAACCACAACACCCCUUCUUACGACGGAAAUUGGAUCGAAAACGGUCGAAUCAACAUCUAUUUAA